UACAACAGUUUUAUGUGAUGAAUUUAUGUUGUUUUAUUUUAACACUUCAUGUUUCCUUUACUUUCGAAAGAAGGAGAAACUGAAACUGAGAGGAAGCAAGAAGAAAAGGAACCGCAAUGAGUUUGAUUGGAGUAUUGGCCGAUCUUGAAAAAGUUCUCAUUACCAAGAAGGAAAAUUUGACACCUCAGGAAGCUAAUAUUCUUCAUUCUUGGAAAACUAGAUUUGUGAGCGAUUUUACUGCUAGUGCACUUGCUGGGAGUGCAGCAGCAUGGACUGCAACUCGGAAUCUCAGUAAAGCAAAAGCAUUACAAAUCGACCUUCCAGGCACAACUUUGAAUGUCAGUAAAGCAAUUCGAACCUACCUUUCAGUCGGAGCUGGUACUAUCUUUGGAAAUUGGCUAGGUAAUAGAAUCUUGUAUUCUCGUGCAGAUCAGAUUCUUACAAUGGAUGGUAGCAUAUUGCAGAAGGAGUUAGCGAAUAUAAUGGUGACAAAAUACCAGAAUGAUCCCUCCGUGAUGCAGCUUAUGUCUAAGCAUUUCUAUUUGGAGAGGAUUUUUGAUGAUUCGAGUAAUAAUCCUAAAUUAAGAUGGAGAUACCGGAAUUUCUUUAGCGAGGCAGUCCAUGGUCAUAGGACUCAUGAUCAAGACUCUUAUGAUAAAUCCGAAGACCAUUCUCAUAAUGAUUCUAAUGAUAAAUCCCAAGGCAGGUCUGAAAAUGUCACCAACAGCCAAAAACCAAAUCUUGAGACGAAGCAUACUUUUAUAAACUCUGCACCUGAUACUUCGUGGGAGCCAGACCCUCUUGAUUGUGUUUUUGGUUAUGCUCAUCCUUUGGAAAACACUAUUAAUUCUGAUUCCCCCAAUAAACAGCCAUCAGGAACACAAAAUCGGGUUCAUAGAAGAUCUCGCCGUAGGCGUCGGAUGCGGGAUCAUGAGACCCUUUCCAACUCUGAGUCUACAGCAACUGUUUAGAUCAAUCACCCUUCAAACCAAAUAAACAGUACUGUUAUCAUUUCCUAUCUCACAGGGACAGUUUAUUAGUUGGAACCUGAAACUCUAUUAGCUUUAAUUUGGUAAAUAAAUUAGAGGUUAAAUUAUUGAACUUUCAUGAAGGUUGUUGCUAGAGCCAAGAAUCAAUGAAUUGUGUAAACACUAUAGGCUUGAUAUUGGUGGAGUAAGGCCUGUUAGUUUUCAACAAUUCCACCAAAGAUGGCAACCUAUCAUUUAAAAGUAAUCUUAAGUUUUAAAAUAAUACAUAUAUAUUAUCAA